AUGCCGGUGUGCUCGCUUCAUUUUACUUCGAGCGACUACACCCUGCCAGAAUACCCAGCUCAGAAGCGCCACCUUAAGAAAGGAUCUGUGCCCUCCCAAAACCUGCAUGUUCUUUCCACUGAGAAUGUGGAGAAGAGGAAGAGGGCAAAAGAACUGGACGAAGGCCGCCAGAAGCGACGUGAGAAGAGGGCGGUGGUGGAGCCUCUGUUGGCCGAGGUCGCACUUUGCGAGGCCGAGGACCUCUGUGAUCGGGACGACAAGGAGGAACAUUCAGCGGAAGUUUCAAGUGCUGCUCUGCCACCUGCAGGCUCGUUGGAGAGGCCUACCCCACCUGUAAUAGUCCUCGACCAAGGUGUGCAGGUGUCGAGUGGUGACUUUGGGGAAAACUUUUCCCGCAUGAUCAAUCAGGGUAACGUAUGUUCCUUUACGGGCAUCCCCAACAUAGAGCUCCUCAAUGUUCUAGAGAAACUCGUGUCUGGAAAGACACCCAAAUCAUCAAGAGCUGCACUGCCAGCAAGAGAUAGAGUAAUCAUGACCAUGAUGGCACUGAAGCACGCUCUGACAUUUGAUUUCUUGUCAAAUAUCUUUGGAGUGUCACCAUCAACCGCAAGUGCCACUGUCAGAAACACAGCACAGCUCCUUGCUGUGUUUCUGAGAAAUGCAAUAACCUGGCCCUCCAAGGAUGAAGUGCUGCAUAACAUGCCGGUGUGCUUCCAGAAAUACUCUCAUGUUCGCAUCGUACUUGACUGCACAGAGAUUCCUGUAGGCACACCUAAGUGCCUUAAGUGUCGUAUAAGCACAUACUCUCAUUACAAAAAAGGGCACACAAUCAAGUAUAUGGUAGGCGUUUCACCCGCUGGUUUGAUUACCUACAUUAGCAGCGGCUCUGGAGGUCGUGCCUCGGACAAGGCUAUCUUUGACCAGAGUGGUCUGGUAGAUAAGCUGUUGCCGGGGAUAGACCAUAUAAUGGUGGACAAGGGGUUCCUGAUCGACAGCACAUGCGAAACAAGGCUGAUAGCUGUGGUGAGGCCCCCAUUCCUACAUGCUAAGAAGCAGCUCUCGAAGGCCGAAGCUCUUGCCACGAAGAGCAUAGCUGCGGCACGAGUUCACGUGGAAAGAGUUAUCCAGAGGAUGAAGCUCUUUAAGAUUACAUCCCAAAGGAUGCCCUGGCACAUGGUGCCAAUAGCGGAUGAUGUGCUCACCAUUGCAUGCGGCUUGGUGAACUUAUCGCCACCAGUUCUAGCAGAUAACAGGUUCUUCUAA